AUGGACUCCUUCAUCCCGAUGGGCGGCGUACAGCUGCCGGCGUUCCAGCGCCGGCUGAGCCGCCUCUACAACGACACCAAAAAGUCAUCCGACUUCGUCAAAGAUGCGCCGGUGCACCAGCACGCAGAGGCAGACCCGGAAAUCAAGACGCUGCACCGCAAGCUGCGGAUCCAAAAGGACCGGCUGGUGACAUGGGGGCUGGAGUGGUCAGACCCAAACCAGAACCAGUCGGCCGAGGUGCUGAUCGACUCGUCGCUGUCCAAGGCCGGGCUGAGCGAGGUGGUGGGCAGCAUCAUGUCGACCAUCAAGGACAUCCUGGCGGAGGCCGAGCCGCUGUGGAAUAGCUCGCGGCGACUGGCCGGCGAGCGAGUGGAUUCUGACACGACCACGGGAGCAGGACAGCAACCGAAACGCGGGGAAAAGAUCCGCAUGGUAGUCUGGGACAAGAGCCGGUUCGAGGACCUGAUCCGGGACCUGACGACGUCGAUCGACACGUUGUAUGACUUGUCCCGCACGCGGUCUUCACAAGCGUCCGCAGCGAUCCGGCAGACGCUUCCCACGACAACAGCGCCGUCUCCGGCCCCCGAAGACCUCCGGCCGUUCGAGUCGUCCCGGAUGCAAACGCCGCAGCAGAUCGACCCCAACUCGCUGACCAACCUGCGGUCGAUGCAGGCGGAACCGAUGACGGAGCGGGCGGUGACGGAGCAGGAGCAGCGGGCGCGGGAGAUUGUGUUUAUGAGCAAGCAGGCGUUUGCCGAGCUGACGCAGACGGCGGCCGCAGGAUCUAGUACUGGUGCUGGUGCGAGUGGUACAGGGACCUCGGCGGGAGCAGCAGCCACACGACAAGCGCAUGCGCCGCUGCUUCUGGAGUAUGCGUCGUUCGACUCCAUCUACUCGAUGACGGGUAUUUCGCCCCCGAUGGCGCGGUUCGAGAAGGUGUCAGCCGGGCUACAGGCCGAGCCACAGCGGUCCCCGGGCUCGUGGACGGGGCUGCCGCGGCUGCUAGGGUACUUUGAGGACAUGGACAACGCGCGGUUCGGGCUGGUGUACCAGUUCCCGCGCACGUUCAACCCGGUCACGUUUGAGCACCUCACCCAAAACCCGCUGUACAACCUGUGCUCGCUAGCGGACCUCCUGGCGCGUCCGGACUUUGAGCCGAAGUUGGAGGCCAAGUUCCGGCUCGCCGCGAACCUGGCCAACACAGUGUUCGACAUGCACGCGCGGGGGAUCACACACGGGAACUUGGUGGGCGACAACAUCUCGUUCUGCAACGCCGUCGGCACGGACCCGGAGGUCAGCGGUAUCACGCAGGGCGAGGUGGACAUCCGCCGGCCGCUGAUCUCGUCGUUCGACCUGUUUUCCGAGCCGCAGACGGAGGAGGAGCCUGGCCAGUCGGAGUCCCGGCCCUUCUCGCUUUACAAGCACCCACUCGACCCGCGCAACAGCGGCGCGCAGUCCCCUCUGGCACACAACGCCGACUCCAAGACGUUCGAUCUGUACUCGCUGGCCAUGGUGCUGCUGUCGGUCGGUCUUUGGACCAAGCUUGAAAACCUAGUCCCCAACAUGGAUUCGCCGACGCUGCCCGCUUCCGUGCUCGAGCAGCUCGCCAUUCGCUGCGGCACGCUGUACAUGAAGGCCGUGCAGACGUGCUGGAACGCGGUUGACUUGGAGUUGACGGGGGCGCAUGUCACGGAGCAGAUUGUGUCGCGCGUGCAGUUCAAGGCGAGCCGGUAUCUCGAGGCGUGUUGCAUCUUGGACGGGGUGAGCAAUUUGGAGGAGCGGCUUGGUGAUGAUUUGGGAGAGCCGAGGGCCGAACCGGUCGCUCAGCAGACUCAGACGACACCAACUCAGGCCCAGACUCCAACACAACAGACGCAGCAAACGCAGGUUCAGCAGACGCAGGUUACAGCUGGUCCAUCGAUGCGCAAGUCAGACAAGCUGAGGACAGAGGGGCGAGCACAGGUUACAACACAGGAGAAACAGCCUGGGCCAGAAACAAAACCCAAAAUGCGGCUCUACCCGCACGUCCCACUCCCCCCCGACAUCAUCGACAAGUGGAACACAGUCUUCAUGCCACAAAUCAACACGGCACUCCGACAUUUCUACCGCAAACACCCCGAAUCCGUCGAAAUCUCGCUCGAGUCCAUCGGCGACAGCCCGCAGCGCACCACACCCACCGUGCUCGUCGUAUGCACCUCAGUCGGCAAAGUCAAAGCCAUCCUCAAGAAGAAACUCGGCAGUCUGUUCGACGGCGCUGUUGCGGGGGGCAUUUCCCUCAAGGUCUGUCGGGGCCAGGUGUUGCGGUCGCGUAAGCAGACCGUCACGGGCACGGGGUCGAGAAGAACAGGCGGGGCUGCUGCUGCUGGGGGAUCGAAGGCGUCGGAUAACCCGAGUCGGAGGAGUAUGGCGAAGGCGGUGGAUGAGGGGAGUGAAGGGGACGGGGAUGAGGUGGUUGCUGCGAACCCGGAAUUUCAAGAGCGCCCGCGGAAUGGGGCGAGUAUCGGGGCCUGGAUUGGAGACCGUCAUCUUCCGCCCGUGAGUCUAGGUGGGGUGAUCACGGUGGAUGAACGGCAAUAUGGCAUGACGGUACAUCACAUGCUGGAUGAUCCUGAUCAGGCGGCCGCUGUUUCUUCUACUGCUGCUGUCUUCGGAAAGGGCGGCGGCCCUUCAAGGAGUAUGGCUGGUCCUCGGCCGGGCGGCAACAACGACUUGGCUUCGUGGUAUGCCGAGCAAUACCAACUCAGCGACUCCGACAGCGCUAGCGAAGGGUACACGUGCGAGUUCUCCGACUCCGAGAACGACGAUAUGAUCUCCGAAUCGGCCAUCACCAGCGACUACUCCGAUGAGGACGACGACGAAUAUGACGACGAAGACGAAGACGACCCGUACAGUGAACCGGGUGAUAUUCCGGGUGUUGAACCGGGGUGUGGCGAAGGGUAUAUCAUCACGCAACCCGCGCUUGACGACGUUCCUGAGGGGUUUUACCCGUCAGCUGAGACCGAGGACGAGGACCACCUGGACACGUAUACUGUCGGCGAGGUGUACGCGUCGAGUGGUAUUCGCCGGCGUACCGAGGGCGGACUGCUACAUGAGAUUGACUGGGCGCUGUUUGAGUUUGACGAGCAGCGCGUGCCGGAAGGGAAUGUCAUCCCGCAUGUCCAGAACAUCCCGACAGUUCCCGGGAAAGGUCCCCGACGGCGGAUGUCCUGGGAGCCGGAGCUAGCGGUAGUCGAGGACGAACAACACGUAGCUGUGGUCCGCCCGACCUCGGUAGUGCCCUCCGCCAGCCUGCCCGGGCUCGAGGUCCAGUGCAUGGCGCGCACUAGCGGCCUGCAGAGCGGCCUGAUCCUACCUGCCGUCGCGUCCGUCAAGAUCUACGGCCGCGCCUCGCCCAGCCACAUCUACCAGGUUUCCGGCACCAACCCUAACCCUACUACUGCCUCCCCCUCUUCGCGGUCCCGGCCGCGUGCAUCGUCGUCACCAGUGCUUACCCAACCCAUGGGCAUCCCCGGCGACUCGGGCGCCUGGGUCGUCGACCGCGACCAGGGCGCCGUGUGCGGCCACAUCCUAGCCUGGAGCGAGCGCAAGCGGGUAGCCUACAUCUGCCCCAUGGACGUUCUCCUGCUCGACAUCGCCGAGACCCUCGAGGCCGGCGAGAUCCGGCUACCUGGCGGCGAGGUGAUCUAUUCCCGCCGUCGUGGUGUGUCGGUUUCGUCUGUGGCCGUGUCAUCGGUCACGGUGAAGAAGGGGGGUGUCGCGCGCGGGGGUAGUAAGCGCGGGGGGAUUGCUUCCUAUGACAGCGGGAAGGGCACUACUAGUGCGGUGCCUAGUCCCGUAGAGAGGACGAUGUCGCAGGCCAGUCGGUUCAGUCACAUGAGUCGCGCGAGUAGUACCCUCAGUCGGGUGUCGGAGCAGGCGUCGGAGCAGGUAUCGGAGUUCGAGGAGGAUGAGGAUUACUUUGGGGAUGAUAACCGCGGGGGUGGCACUCAUAAUAUACGGACUACUACCACCGCGGCAGCCCGGACUAGUCUGGUCUCGCCUAGCACGGCGUCACCAGGCGCGGGAUCUCCCGGGGUCGUCUCGCCGUUGCUGUCACAGGGACAGGGGCCGGGGUCGGCGAAGAGGUUUUCGCAGGCGAGUAGUUCGCGCUCGAGGUUUAGUGGUGUUAGUAGUGGAGGGGGGCAGAGUCCGCUUCAGGGGGUGGUGUCUUCCGAUGAACCGGUUGGCACGAUCACGGACGAUUUGUCGAGCCAGUUUGAUCGGGAGCUGCAGUUGACCGAGAAGGAUGUGCCGGUGGGGAUGAUGCGGUGGGUUUCGUGA